AAGAUAGACGGAGGCGUUUGCGUUUGGUUGAAAAGAAAGAGUAUUAAGAAAAAUAGAAAAAAGCAAAAGCCAGAAAAUUUUUUAGAGAGAGAAGCGUAUCUGGAAUUUUCUUCAGAUCGUGUAACGUGUUCGCCUCCAGGCUUUCCAAUUUUUCAAACCGAUCUGGUUACACCUUGCCACACCAAAAAUGGCGGAAGAACACCGAUGCCAGGCACCGCGCUUCUGCGCCAACAAUUGCGGCUUCUUUGGCAGCCCCGCCACGCAGAAUCUUUGUUCCAAGUGUUACCGCGAUUUGCAGCUCAAGGACCAGCAAUCUUCCUCCGCCAAGAUGGUGCUCAAUCACUCGCUCGUUCCGCCGCCGCAGCCCUUGGUGUCUCAGCCGGCGUCGUCUUCUUCGGCGCCGCCGGAUCCGGUGGCGGUGGAGGCUCCGCGCGCGGCGGAGGAGGCGAAGGUCUCGCAGCCGAACCGGUGCGCGACGUGCAGGCGGCGCGUGGGACUGACGGGAUUCAAGUGCCGGUGCGGGAUGAUGCUGUGUGGGACCCACCGCUACCCGGAGCAGCACGCGUGCGAGUUCGACUUCAAGGGCUUGGGGAGAGAGCAGAUCGCGAAGGCGAAUCCGGUGGUCAAGGGGGAGAAGCUCGAUAAGAUCUGAGAGAGAGUGGAAAGGGUGUUAUGGUAAUUUCAUGUUUAUCGAGUUGCUGGUUGCUAGGUCCUGAUACCGGGCCAAGUCGGGUUAUUGGGCCGGAACGGGUUGUUCCGAAUUGCGGUGGGUGGGUGGGUGGGUCAUU